AGAUCAUAAAAGUUCUUCAUACCGCUUAAAACCAAAUGAAUUUGACAAGCUAUAACUUCAAGGUGAGAGGUUGCAGUUGUUUUUUAUCAAGGGAUUCAAAAAUUCUUUACUCAUAAUAAGAGGCAAAUGCUCUAAGAUUUGAGAGACAAACUUUAGAUGAGCCAAGUCUCAUGGACUUAUCAAGCCUUCCGUCAACUUCUGAAAGCUUGCAUAACCAACAGAGACCUUCCAACUGGCAAAGCUCUCCACACACUAUACAUCAAGUCGACAGUCCCUUCUUCAACCUAUCUUUCCAACCAUUUUAUCAUCCUUUACUCCAAAUGCAACCGCCUAACCACUGCCCACAAUGCCUUCAAACAUAUCCACGAACCAAAUAUCUUCUCUUUCAAUGUUCUUCUCGAUGCAUAUGCAAAAGAAUCAUUAACUGACAUUGCACACCACCUGUUUGAUCAAAUUCCUCAGCCUGAUCUUGUCUCUUACAACACGAUUAUCACUGCUUAUGCAGAUUGCAGAAAUCCUUUACCUGCUCUACAAUUGUUUAAGGAAAUGAGAGAGAUUGGUCUUGAAAUGGAUGGAUUCACCCUUUCUGGAGUUAUUACUGCUUGUUGCAAUGAUGUGAAUUUGAUUAGGCAGUUGCAUUGUUUGUCUGUUUCUUCUGGGUUUGAUUCUUAUGUUUCAGUGAAUAACUCGCUUGUUACCUAUUAUGGAAAAAAUGGGUGUUUGGUGGAGGCGGAAAGAGUAUUCUAUGAUAUGGGAGAGGAGAAUAGAGAUGAAGUUUCUUGGAACACUAUGAUUGUGGCAUAUGGGCAGCAUAGGAUGGGGUUCAAAGCGUUGGCAUUGUUUCAAGAAAUGAAUCAGAAAGGCAUUGACAUUGAUAUAUUUACUCUAGCAAGCGCUUUGACUGUGUUUACGUGCUUGGACGACUUGUUUGGGGGACUUCAGUUCCAUUCCAAUUUAAUCAAAACAGGAUUUUAUCAGAAUUCUCAUGUAGGGAGUGGUUUGAUUGAUUUGUAUGCAAAAUGUGGGGGUAGUAUGCUAGAGUGCAGGAAAGUGUUUGAAGAGAUACCUGUACCAGACUCAGUUCUUUGGAACACAAUGAUUUUUGGGUAUUCACUAGAUGAGGAAUUAUCCGAGGAGGCUCUUGAUUGUUUUAGACAGAUGCAACGCAGUGGUCACUGGCCAGAUGAUUGCAGCUUUGUGUGUGUGACUAGAGCAUGCUCUCAUUUAUCAUCUCCAUCUCAAGGAAAGCAAAUUCAUGCAUUGGCAAUAAAAUCUGAGAUCCCCGCGAAUCAAAUUUCUGUGCAUAAUGCACUUGUUGCCAUGUAUUCUAAGUGUGGAAUUCUUCAAGAUGCUAGACGUUUGUUUGAUAGGAUGCCAGAGCAUAAUACUGUUUCAUUAAAUUCAAUUAUCGCAGGCUAUGCACAACAUGGGAUUGGAGUAGAGUCACUACGCCUUUUUGAACAAAUGCUUGAGAUUGGUAAUGCUCCUACACGAAUAACCUUUAUUUCUGUCCUUUCUGCUUGUGCACACACUGGAAAGGUUGAGGAAGGCAAGAGGUACUUCAGUAUGAUGAAAGAGAAGUUUGGUAUUGAGCCAGAAUCUGAACAUUAUUCAUGCAUGAUUGAUCUUUUGGGUCGAGCCGGCAAACUGUGUGAAGCAGCGGAACUAAUCGAGACAAUGCCAUUUAACCCUGGCUCCAUUGGUUGGGCUGCAUUACUCGGUGCCUGCAGGACGCACGGAAACAUGGAGCUGGCAGAGAAGGCAGCAAAUCAUCUUUUGCAGUUAGAACCUACAAAUGCUACACCUUAUGUCGUGCUUGCCAAUAUGUAUCAUAGUGCAGGCAAAUGGGAAGAGGUAAGUAGAGUUAGAAAGCUUAUGCGUGCUAAAGGUGUCAAGAAGAAACCAGGGUGCAGUUGGAUCGAGUUGAACAAUAGAGUAAAUGUUUUUGUCGCAGAAGAUAGAUAUCAUCCGAUGAUAAAAGAAAUUAAUGGAUACUUGGAGGAGCUGUCGACGAGAAUGAAGGGAGCUGGGUAUGUGCCUGAUGUCAGAUGGGCAUUGGUUAAGGAUGAUGAAACAGAGGAAGGAGAAAAGGAGUUUAAGAUAGGGCAUCAUAGUGAGAAACUAGCAGUAGCAUUUGGAUUGCUUUCAACUAAGAAUUGGGAGCCUAUAAUUGUUAUGAAAAAUCUAAGGAUAUGUGGGGAUUGUCACAAUGCAAUCAAAUUUAUCUCUAAAAUUACUGGUAGAGUAAUUACUGUUAGAGAUACACAUAGAUUUCAUUGUUUCAAGGGAGGAAAGUGCUCUUGUGGCGAUUAUUGGUGAUAAAUUUGCAAGUAUUUGCAUCUGUAUUAUUGGUAUUAUAUAUAUAUAUUAAAAAAAUCAUCAAGCUCAUUACUAUA